AUUUUGCCUCCUUUUCACACAGUAGACUUACAGUGAUAUGUACGGUGUACGCAGCACGGCUUGGGUGUUUACUGCCUGUAUUUUGCCGUGGUAGACCGUAUGCUUUUUGCAGACACUGUGCGAUAUGCACUUGGAGGAAUGCUUGCUUUUGCUCUCGCAAUGGGCUGCGCCAUGUCUGUACAAGUUCGUUGCAUUUCCGGGCUCGUCAUUCCACAGUUUUUUGGGAAAGAAGGGCGCUCUUUCAUUGGGACAUUUGCCAUCGCUUAUCUCCUUACAGGACCAAUAGCCAACAUCAUGUUCAAUGCAGAAGAAGUGACGAGAGUGAUAUCGUGCAGCACAGAGCUCAUGAUGAACCAGACAAUGAAGAGAAUGGAUCUCAAGUUUCAGCCCAUACACCACGCCCUAAUGGAUAUGCAGAGGGAGUCGCUCCUUAUCAAGAAAACCGCUGCUAAAAUUAGAACCGCAUUUAAACCGAUUGAGACUGAGGUCGAGGUUGAUAAGGAAUCAGGCGAGCUGAAAAGAAGAACGGACGAAGCAGACGUAGGAUUCAAAGUUAGCAGAAGUCAAAGGAUCGAAAAAAGUCACAAGAUUAAGCCAGGGAUGUCCAAGGGACAGGUGAAGGAAGAGAAAUUUGAAAGAAAACUGGACUAUAAAUGCGAAGAUAUCUACAAUGCUGGAAUAAACUGGUGCAGAGGCAGAAUCGAUCAAGUUGUGACAAAUUGCAAAAAAGCUCUUGACCCAAUACCCCUGAUCAAAAAUCUGUGCGACUUGUUCAAUCUUAAGUCACUGUGCGAAGUAAUCAGAUGGAUGCAGACAUUUACUGGCAUUGACUGUACUUCCAUGGAAGAAGUGAAUAAAGGUUUUGGAGAUGGCUAUGAAACAGCUGAAAGAGCAGCCAAAGAAGUUGAUAAGAAAUUCAACGUAAACAUGCAAUACAAGCUUUCGACUGGCGUGGAGAAACUGGAACAGAUGAGUGCACAAGACGUCACGCAGGCCAUAAAGUAUGAAUUUGAAAAACGCAAAACAUGGUUUGACUUCAUUACUUUGAUGAUCAAAAGAAUACUCGCCUUCCUAUUCAUCCGGGUAUUCAUAGGGGCAUAUUCCUACCACAAACGAUACGUCAGUAACUUUGGCCACGACAACAUUUACAUUUCAAAAUACUUCAAGAGUAUAGACGCAAGAAGAAAUAAACAGAACAAAAUGACACUGCUUCCAUUGAAAAGAGUAGAAAAAAAGGAACGAGUGGAACCCCAAAACGUCAAAUUGAUGGGCCCGGAAAAGGCAAAACUGGGAAAGAGCACCUUUGUUCUUUUUGUGCGUCUGAUAACUGCGGGGAUAAUCAUAUUUGUAGACCGGUUGGUAUACGAAGUGCUGGCCAUUAUAUCACGUCACAGCAAAAUUGAAUAUCACCAAUCAGGAGAACACCACAUUCAGCUGAUCAUUUAUGGCAAAGGAGUUAUUGGCCAGAUGGUCAAAUCCUUGUUGAAGGGGUUCAAUCGCAAACAUAUCCUGGACAGCUACAGCACAAACUUUGAAUGUCUUCCCCAGCCCAGUAUGAUGCCGAGUGAUUACAUAUGGAAGAUAGUCGCUGUAUACCUGGCCGUCUGGUUCCUCAUGUUCUUGGAAGCGUAUGGGCUGAGGCUACGUCGCAUAGUGGCAUCGUUCUUUUAUCCAAAGCGAGAGAAAAAGCGCAUCUUAUACCUUUACAACGACAUGCUCAAGAAAAGGAAAGGUUUCCUACGUCACAUGCGCCACAGAAUAAAAUCCUUGGCAAGAGAAAAUAAACUUUCGAUGAGGACAGACCUCUCAGUGGCCCUCAUUAACCAGUUCCCCAGACUAUGUAGCUGCCUUAAAGUUAUGGGCAUGGGCAAAAAACGUUGUCUUAUCUGUGAAGAGCCCCAGAAUAAAGAGUUCCAUAUUUGUGCUACUCCUGGUUGCAACUUCGUAUAUUGCAAACAAUGCUGGAAAGAUGUAAAGCACAUCUGCUAUGCUUGCGCUUCAGAAGAGGACUUCAGCAGCGACGAGUCGGAACUGACCGAUACUAACAUUUGGAGUGAUUAAGAACACAGUGCAUGUUUA